AUGUCUGGAGCUAGAACCCGAAGACAGGCAGCUUUGGCCGCCGCGGCCGACGAGACUCCCAUCAAGACAAAGCCUGAGCCUCCACAAGAACAGCACGUUGUCGUUAAUGGCAAUGGCUCAGCCCAUGUAGCCGGCGAGAGUGUCGCCAAAGUCGCCCAGUCCAAGGAGAAUAUCUUCUUCUUCAUACCCAACCUAAUUGCCGGAGGUCUCAAGGCUCUCAUCGACCCGCGCAGCAAGCUGACAGCUCAUCCCGAAGGCUACGUCCGCAUCGUCCUCGCCAUCUCGUCCCUGUACUAUAUGCCACUCCACCCCCGAACCUGUUCACUCCUCUACAGCAUCUCCUGCCUCCUCGACGCCCUCGACGGAUAUGCCGCCCGGUACUACGAGCAGAGCACGCGCUUCGGCGCCGUCCUCGACAUGGUGACGGAUCGGUGCACGACCUCCUGCCUACUGGUGUUCCUCUCGUCCGCGUUCCCUCGAUGGGCUAUCAUCUUCCAGAGCUUGAUCUCGCUCGACUUCGCUAGCCACUACAUGCACAUGUACACGACUCUUGUGAUGGGUGGCUCGAACCAGAGCCACAAGUCAGUGGACAAGAGCAGGAGCUGGCUUCUGAACCUCUACUACACCAACAAGGUGGUUUUGUUCGUUGCAUGCGCCUUGAACGAGCUGUUCUUCAUCGCCUUGUACCUGCUGUCCUUCUCCUCCCCCAUCCUCUCGCCCGCGCUCCUGUCGACCCCGGUUGCGGAUAACCUCCAGGCGGGAGCCCAGGUGAACAGCUCCGUGCUGGAGAAGGUCUUCACCAGCCCCUACAGCGCGGCAGCCCUCGAGCUUGCCCGCGCCAACAAGAUGGACAGUACGGUGCCCUGGAUCCUCGCCGGUAUCAGCUUCCCCGUCAUGGCAUACAAGCAGUUCAUGAAUGUGAUCCAGCUGGUCAAGGCCAGCAAGUGGCUGGCCGAAGGGGACGUUGCCAUGAGGCAAGAGCAGGGCCUGCCCAGGAAGAAGGGCAAGACUGCUUGA